GUAAAUAAGUCAUUUAAAUAGCCAUAGGGUUAAGUAAUAAUAGCCCCAGGCCCCCCACGAAACAAAACAACAGCUUGGGACUGAUGUUUGAUUUUAAAGAAUACGAAGGACCCGAAUGAAAUUAACUUCCGCCUCUCUUUUGCUUGCUCCGCUGAUUGCUGGUAAUGCUCCAAACAUCGGCAAUCAAAAGGCCGAGAGAUAAUCCAAACUGCGGAAUUAACAUCACCCUUCAAUGGACCCAAGCGCAGGCGGUUCGAGUGCCGCCGCCGAUGUCCCGGCCACCGUAGCCGCCGUCGGAGAUUCUCCGUCGACCGCCGUAUCGCGCUGGACCUUCGCGAUCUCGCAACGUUACCAGCACUUCCUGGACAAAUCGACGCCGCACGUUUCCCACCGUUGGAUCGCGUUCGCCUGCGUGGCGUUGGCGUACGCGGUGCGGGUGUACCUGCUGGGGGGGUUCUACGUGGUCUCCUACGCCCUCGGCAUCUACAUCCUCAACCUCCUGAUCGGGUUUCUGUCGCCGCAGGUGGACCCGGAGUUUGCCGGUGGCCCCACCCUGCCGACCAGGGGCUCCGACGAGUUCCGCCCCUUCGUCCGCCGCCUCCCCGAGUUCAAAUUCUGGUACUCAAUCACCAAAGCCUUCUGCAUUGCCUUUGUCUUGACGUUCUUCAGCAUGUUUGAUGUGCCCGUCUUCUGGCCAAUUCUCCUUUUCUACUGGAUUAUGCUGUGUGUGAUGACUCUAAGACGUCAGAUAGAACACAUGAUCAAGUAUAAAUAUGUUCCUUUCUCCUUCGGAAAGCAGAGGUACGAUGGGAAGAGGGCACCUUCAAACGAGGGCGAAAGUUUGCUCCCGUAGUCUAAAAAUCACAGAUUUUAGAACGUUUUUCUUUGUUUUGCGUAUCCGAUCUUUUUGAUGGCCAUAGGUUGGACUUGCUUCUUGUCUGACGUGUUAGAGUACUCUUUAUAGUGGAGGAAGAACUUGUACUGCUGGCCAGUGUAUCAUUAGUUUUACGAGUGAACAGCAUUUUCUAUACAGGCUGCGUGCUGGCUCUUUUUCUAACCAAAUGGAUUUUAUAAGAUCUUUUGAUUUCACAAUAGGAUAAUUUUGAUCGUUCUUUCGUCGUUAACUCAAGUUCAGGUUUUUGCUAUUGUGAAGGGGCUUGUGUUGAAACUGUUUUCAAGGAUCACAUCUGGUUUGCCAACAUUACAAACAGGGUAAUGAUAAAGAUGAUGCCACUAUGUACACAAUCUGGAAGAGACUUGUUAUGAUAUAUUGUCUACUUUGGUGUAAUGUCCACCAUGAAGACAUUUUUUAC